AUGGCUAUAAUCGACGCGACGCUGGAAUUAGAUCCGGCGUUGGAACAAGACAACCAUCAAUCUGCAUCUCGAAAGGAAGCAAUGAUAUCACCGGAUAGCGUUUUAGGAGAGGACGGCAGAACAUAUCAUGGCCUCUCCGAAGGCACGUAUUUUCUACCCAACGAUGCUAGAGAACAAAGCCGCCUAGAUUUACAGCAUGAGCAGUGCAAGUUGAUAUUGGAGGGAAAGCCAGGAUUGGCUCCAAUAGAUUCUCCCGAGCAUGUUAUAGACGUCGCGACAGGAACGGGCAUCUGGGCACUCGAUUUCGCCCAUCAAUAUCCUAACUCCAAAGUCAUUGGUUCGGACUUAAACUUAAUUCAACGCUCUUCAUCCGCCGAAAAUGCCACGUUCGUGCAGCAGGAUGCUGAAAAAGAGGACUGGGGCUUCCAGCAGAAGUUCGACUACGUACACAUUCGCUUCAUCGUAUCUUGCUUCAAUGAUACCAAGACUGUCCUAAAUAAAGCUUUCGAACAUACGAAACCCGGCGGUUGGAUCGAAAUAAUGGACUUUGUAACCCAACAUGAAUACUUUGAUGACGGAGCUCGGGCUCCUGCACUGGAAAAGUGGGUAGAGUUAUCCAUAAAGGCUGCUGCAAAUAUUGGACGAGACUUUUUGAAGGCCCCAAAAUACAAGGGAUGGCUGGAGGAGGUUGGCUUUGUAGAUGUGGUGGACAAACGAUUCAAGAGCCCUGGCAAUACGUGGCCAAAGGACCCGCAUAUGAAGCAAAUUGGCGCGUAUCAGUUGCAGUCGUUGGUUGGCACACUCAAUAGUCUUGGCGGGUUUAUUAAAGCAGCAGGCAUUUCCAAGGCCGAAGCUGAUAAAUUACUGCCGGAGGCUAUUGAGGAAAUGAAAAACACAAAUGUUCAUUUGUACUGGCCAAUACAUAUCGUUUACGGCCGAAAACCGCUCAAUGGGGAAAAGCUUUAG